CGGCAUAGAGGCGAGUAUGUAAAUAUGCAUUAUGUGCAUUGGAAGUAUCCUCGCUUUCGGGAGCACUGCUCUCCCUUGCAAAAUUACGCCGGAAUGCCCCGUCUCCUCCCGCUCGGCCUCUUGUACACAUGGCCAGCUCCACAUAGGUGUCCUUGGUGCUCCAGGCAGGCGCUGCCUGGGCAGUGACUCUGGAAGCAGCUCCGUGCCCGUCAGAAUGGGAAAUGUGGGCACGGCUGGUGCUAACGGAAUGAGCAAAAUAACGUGCUGCUGCCUCGUGUGUCAGGGCACCUCUUUGGAAACAAACUAUCCCAAAGAGCCUUAUUAUUCGUUGUGAGGUGUGGGACACGUUCUGCUUUUGGACGGGGCUCCGUACGGGCACCGCUUAACGGCAGCACUUGCUUGUUGUAGCCUCGCAGAGUUUUGAGGACUGCAAAGAUCUGUAGCAUAGGGCACUGCCCCCCUAGAACAUUGCUUAAUGUGAUCUGUGUGGAUUGCAGCUUUUAAGUUUCAUAGGUUCUAGAAUUACAAAUUAGCUAAUUUUAAUCAAAACAUGCGAAAUGUUAUCCUGGCUGGAUAUAAAGGCUGACUGUGCUGGAUCCUCUGGGUUUGUUUUGUUUACUUUGGCUGCAGGCACACUCAGCGGUUUGGGAGAUAGUUGUUCUUCUACAGUAGAACAGAUGUUUGUCUGAAAGGGUGAGGAAGAAACAAAAACAACAUUGUGUGAAGGAGAAAAAUUGCACAAUUUUAAACUAAUGCUUUGGUAUUAAGCACUGGCAUUAACCUUCACGUAGAGAGUGUCUCUUUUUUAAUCAUUUGUAGCUGCUUAAUGUUACAAGCCUCAAGAUUUUGACUGACUUAGUUGUUAAAGGCUGUGGGCAGAUAGGAAUGGCGUUUUGGACUGGUAUGUUUUCAUGUCAGGAGUGAGAUACCUGGUGGCAGAACCUUUCACAAAACACAGGGCACUCUACAAUGUAAGCUGUGCUAUUAUGCUGUGCCUGGAGACUGCGUUUUUAGUAGGACAGUUGACUUGGAGGAAAGGAAGGGAGGAAAAAAGAAGUUUGAAAUUUCAGUUUGUUGAGAAAGUUAAAAACCUCCGAAGAUCCUUCACUCUUUUUAUUUACUAAUCAAUUAAGAUGUUUAGUUGUUCUUCGUAUGGACUGAGGAAUACAGGAAUGUAACAAAUUGGUUACAUUGUUUAAAAUGUUUGCAACAAAACGACAUAGUGAACACAAUGUGCCCUUGUGUAGGUCCAUAUCUGUAAUGUUCAAACAGCCUGGCAGUUUCCCUUCAUCUGAACUGCUUUCAUCUGGACCAGUGUAAAAUAAGCUCUGAACUUUGCAGAAAAUACUAUGAAUGAGCUCCUUGGCUGGUACGGUUAUGACAAGGUUGAACUGAAAGACGGAGAAGAUAUUGAAUUCAGGAACUACUCUGCAGAUGGGGAAAGCCGACAGCACAUUUCUGUUCUCAAAGAGAAUUCUUUGCCAAAACCCAAAUUACCCGAGGACAGUGUUAUUUCUCCAUACAAUAUAAACACAAGCUACCCAGGGCUUGCCACGGGAAAUGGACUUUCAGACUCACCAGCAGGGUCGAAGGAUCAUGGGAAUGUCCCGAUUAUUGUCCCAUUAAUUCCACCACCUUUCAUAAAGCCACCAGCAGAAGAUGAUGUGUCAAAUGUACAAAUAAUGUGUGCCUGGUGCCAGAAAGUUGGAAUCAAGCGCUAUUCCCUGAGUAUGGGAAGUGAAGUGAAAUGCUUCUGCAGUGAGAAGUGCUUUGCAGCUUGCCGAAGAGCGUAUUUCAAGAGAAACAAGGCUAGAGAUGAAGAUGGACAUGCUGAAAAUUUUCCCCAGCAGCACUAUGCUAAGGAAACUCCAAGACUUGCCUUCAAGAAUAACUGCGAACUACUUGUGUGUGACUGGUGUAAGCACAUAAGACACACAAAAGAGUAUCUGGAUUUUGGGGACGGGGAAAGAAGGCUUCAGUUCUGCAGUGCAAAAUGCCUCAAUCAGUACAAAAUGGACAUUUUCUACAAAGAGACACAGGCCAAUCUUCCAGCUGGACUGUGCAGUACAUUACAUCCUCCAGUCGAAAAUAAAGCAGAAGGCACCGGGGUACAGCUGCUGACUCCAGAUUCUUGGAAUAUACCGCUAGCAGAUGCUCGGAGAAAAGCCCCAUCCCCAGCGUCUGCAGCUGGCCAAAUUCAAGGUCCUGGACCAUCAGCGUCUACCACUGCCUCUCCAUCUGACACUGCCAACUGCUCUGUCACUAAAAUCCCCACGCCAGUUCCCAAACCUAUUCCCAUCAGUGAGAAUCCAAAUAUUCCACCGGUUUCUGUGCAGCCACCUGCUAGCAUUGUGCCUCCCAUUGGUGUCCCACCUCGCAGCCCUCCCAUGGUCAUGACAAACCGGGGGCCAGUCCCUCUGCCCAUAUUCAUGGAGCAGCAAAUUAUGCAGCAAAUCCGCCCUCCGUUUAUCCGGGGGCCGCCUCACCAUGCCUCAAAUCCCAACAGCCCUCUGUCCAAUCCGAUGAUUCCUGGGAUUGGUCCGCCACCAGGUGCUCCCCGGAACCUGGGCCCCACCUCCAGCCCCAUGCACCGGCCAAUGCUCUCCCCUCACAUCCAUCCCCCCACGACCCCCACCAUGCCCGGGAACCCGCCGGGGCUGUUGCCACCCCCGCCUCCGGGGGCUCCCCUGCCCAGCCUGCCCUUUCCCCCCGUCAGCAUGAUGCCAAAUGGGCCCAUGCCCAUGCCGCAGAUGAUGAACUUCGGAUUGCCCUCCCUCGCCCCCCUCGUGCCACCCCCGACUCUCUUAGUGCCAUAUCCUGUCAUUGUCCCGCUGCCUGUGCCCAUCCCCAUUCCCAUCCCCAUCCCGCACAUCAACGAUUCCAAGCCUCCCAACGGCUUCUCCAGCAACGGUGAGAACUUCAUUCCGAGCACCUCCAGCGAGACGCCUGGGGCGAAGCCAGCCAAUAACUCUUCAUCGCCUCGAGAGUCGAAGCAAGGAUCUUCUAAAUCCUCCGACUCGUCACCGAGCUGCUCAGGCCAGUCCUUAAAUCAAGCCCAAGUGCUUCAGGAGCACAGUAAAAACGAAGUUGUUGACUUGACUGUCAGACCUAGUAGUCCAGUGAACAGUAAAUUUGGGUUCCCCGGUGUGCUGCAGGGUCCGCAGGACGGUGUGAUAGACCUAACAGUAGGCCACCGGUCUCGGCUGCACAAUGUUAUCCACAGGGCUCUCCAUGCCCAGGUGAAAGUUGAACGUGACCCCAACAGUGUUGUGAAUCUGGCUUUCGGCAGCUCAGACAAAAGGAACUGCAGCGACUGCAGGGACAACUGCAGCCCGGUGGACUCCAAAGCGCUGCCGUGCGGCGACGCGGCGCACUGCUGCCCCGUCUCCUUGGCCUCCAGCACUCCCGGACUGGAGACCGGGGCAGCCGUUUGCAACGUCAUCGUGAACGGCACCAAGAGCACGGAGGCUUCCAAGAACCCGGAGCCGCCCCCGGAGCCCAAAAAGCCUCAGCCCCCCGAGGAGCUGGCGGUGAGCGAGCUGGAGUCCGUGAAGGAGAACAACUGCACGUCCAACUGCCUCCUCGAGGGAGAGGCCGCCAAGAAGGCCGGGGAAGAGCCCCUGGCGGCGGGGGACAAGCAAGACCCCAACCUCAACAACCCGGCGGACGAGGACCACGCGUACGCUCUGCGCAUGCUGCCCAAGACGGGCUGCGUGAUCCAGCCUGUGCCAAAGCCGGCAGAAAAGACUGCCAUGGCGCCGUGCAUUAUCUCAACGCCAAUGCUCAGCACGGGGCCGGAGGACCUGGAGCCACCGCUGAAAAGGAGGUGUCUCCGAAUUCGAAAUCAGAAUAAGUAAAGGUUUGUGUCAUCGCUCCUGCCUGCUGUGCGAGUAGAGUGAGUAUUUUCAGGUGCGAGGCCAAGCCCGUGGGGAUGUGGCCUCUGUGGAGCACAGAGAUACGGAUUCCGAUUUAUCAGCACUUUCAGGAAACGAUUGGUAUUUAUGUUUUAACAUUGUUCUUUGUGUUGUAUUGCAUUUGUACCUGUCAGUACUUCAUCCAUCAGCAGCCUCAUUACACUUUUGCUCACAGAACAUCUGGUGACGGUGCUGGCUGUGAAGUUAUUGUGUGGAGUAUGUCAAAACGAGUGGCUUUCUGCAUAGGGUACGGUUCACGCCCGGGCUGUUCAUCUG